GUUGGUACCUGCUUGACAUUUUCAUCAGCUGAUUGUCAUUUUCGCCGCGAUGAAUUUGUGUUUAUUAUUAGUCAUUUAUAAAUAGAUAAGAAGAUCCGCACUUGCUUAUUUACUUUUUUAGUAAUAAGCACCAUGUCUGAGUCUGGUAAACGUCAAGUGCCCCCAGCAAUGAAAAAAAUCCUAAAUCUGGAUGCAGAAAUAACCAAACGGUUCGUCUUGUGGGCUAAUCAAUUUUUGCCCUUGAGGUCACUUCGUAUCCAUUACAAAGCGUUGGAAAUAACGUGCCAUGGAAUCCCUUGGUUUGCAUUUUGGAUCGCAUUUACUUGGUUGUUUAAUAAUCCGUCUCUAAUUCAGUUACAAGUAAACAUGUUGAUAGGCCUUUUAAUUGACAUAAUUCUCAUAGCUGUGGCAAAAGCUUAUUUUCGCCGGCGGAGGCCUAUAGCCAACACUGAUGACGCCUUGGGCCAGAUAGGCCCUGAUGUAUUUAGUUUCCCUUCAGGACACGCCAGUCGUGCCGUUUUUGUUGCCUACUUUUUCAUCAAUUUGUGGCCAUUGCCCAUAUUUUGCGUACCCCCUUUACUUGCAUGGGUCACGGCUAUUUGUUUGAGCAGGAUUUUGAUGAAUAGGCACUACAUUCUUGAUGUUAUAGGCGGAAUUGUCUUUGGGUUAAUUGUCUCAUGGACAGUCAGCCUUAUCUGGCUUGAUAAAGACUCCGCUAAUUAUUUAAUGUCAUUUUUAUCAGACGAUAAAAUAGAUGGGGGUGACUACCAUGUGUGAAAAUAAUAAACAUGUUUACUAUUUAUCACUUUAUUAAGACUUUUUUUACACUGAAUUACUGAUUUACUGUAGAAAUAAGGCCCGAAUUUCAGGGAAUCAAAAAAUUUUCAAUAAAUAUAUUUCGGUAAGCGAGGCUGUAAAUAAAUGAUACGAAGUUGUAAAAUCUUUGGUUGUACAUAAAAAACUUAAACCUA